AUGGAGAUGUUGGCUACUCGAAUCGAAGCUGCUCUUGUCGUCGAGGAUGCACUCAUAUGCGCGCGGAUUGGAAAAUGUGAAGAGCCAACGUGUCGCUCUGUACUUCUACAUUAUGAACAUUGCAAGAGUGACGAAGUAUGUCGCGACCCCAAGUGCACAGAGAUUUCCGUCAUCUACCGACACCUAAGUACGUGUUCUGCGAAGUCUUCGACUGAUGGCGAAAAGGUUGUGUGUCCGUUUUGUAUUCGUAUCCGGCAAAGACGGACUCUCGGCGUUUGUGCUGCGUUCGAUCAUCUUAUUAACGACCAACGUCGAGCGCUUCAAGGCGCACACAACGAAGCAACUCGCAAUUUCUGCUUGCAAAGUAUCAACAGGUGGACCGAACGCAAGCAGCCUCUCCGUGCAGAAAGCGACCGACUAAAUCGACUGGCCAGAGAAAGCAGCGCUCCGAUCUUUAAUUUUCCUAAGUACAGGUGGCACUUAAGUGACAACGUGUUUAUCAAGCGAGAGCCAACAAGCGAAUGCACUACACCUUCAGAACUCAAGACGAUGGUAACAGCAUUAUUCCAGGUAAUUGGCAAACACUUUCAAAACGCGCAGCAGUCGCAGGAUGCAUUAGAAGACAGCAUUCCUGGCACCGCCAACUUCAACGCGGAUUUCAUUAAUCAACUUUUGCGAGCCAAGGCAGAAGGAGACAACAGAGAGAUGGCACAACGAGAGUUUGCUGGAGUUAUGGAGCUGGGUUAUGCUAUUGUGGACGCGUCAUUUUGUGCUCCUUCCAAAGCCCAGCGAUGUUUGCUGAACUGCAAGUCCAUUCUUGAUCAUUUACAGCAUCAUCUGGAUCUACAGGUGUGCAGCAAGCCUAUGUGCGGAGCUGUGGAGCACCAUUUUGCACAUUUGUCUGAAUGUAAAGCCCGUGACGAGAACGAAUCUUGUGAGUACUGCUUGAGAAUGGAAGAACGACGUUUGAUCCGCGCCGUCGACUUCAUGGAGGCGGAGCAACCAGAGGCUGAAGCGAAAGUUCAAAAGAUCAUUAACGAAAUCACGGCGUCUUUCACGAGCCAUCGUCCGGAUGAACGCGAGCAGGAGAUGAUCCAACUGGAGGAUGAAUUAGAUCAAGCAGAGGCCAACAAGCAAGAGCUGCUGGAGAAACUAGGAGCUCGACGGAAUGAACUCCGACAGGUGCGAAGAAGCAUGGAGAAUCGUGGCAUUUCUGCCUCAAACAGUCGUCGACUCCCCGUGCAUUUCACCAAGACACAACGAACUUUUUAA